ACUGCAAAUAAGACCAUGGUGAACUAUUUCAUUAUAAAAGGAAUUUCCGACCUCCCUGAGCUGCAGCUUCUGAUCUUUCUGCUGGUUCUGUUACUUUAUCUGAUCAUUCUUGGUGGAAACUUAAGUAUCCUCCUCCUUGUCUGUUUGGAUUCUCAGCUGAAGACCCCGAUGUACUUCUUCCUAGGCAACUUGUCCAUCUUGGAUGUGUCUUCUGCAACAGUCACUCUUCACAAGAUCUUCUUUAGCUACAUCACAGGCGAUAAAACGGUGUCGUUCAUUGGCUGCAUGGCCCAGGUGUAUGUUUUUGCAUCAUUUACAAGUCAGGAGCUCUUACUGCUAACAGCCAUGAGUUAUGAUCGUUAUGUGGCCAUUUGUAAGCCGUUACAUUAUCACAUUGUUAUGACCCCCAGGGUUUGCAUAAUUCUGGCUUUGUUUUGUUGGGUCUGGGGAUUUUUACAAGUUUUGCCUCCUGUUUACAUAUUAGCAAACUUCUCCUGUUAUCUUUCCAAUGUAUUAAAUCAUUUUUUCUGUGACUUCGCUUCACUGAUGAAACUUUCCUGCAGUGACACUGGUGUUUUGGUGCUACUGAACCUUACAGAAGGGCUUCUUGUUUCUACUCUUACCCCAUUCAUACUUACAUUUAUCUCCUAUGUUUUUAUAAUUAUCUCCAUAUUGAAGAUACAAACCAGUGCAGGAAGACACAAAGCCUUUUACACAUGUUCAUCACACCUCACAGUUGUUGUCCUCCUCUAUAUAAUACUUACCUGCCAAUACUUGGUUCCAAACUCAAAGUCAACUGUUGACUUAAAUAAACAUUAUUCUCUGUUUAACACAAUGGCUAUCCCAAUGAUGAAUCCACUCAUUUAUAGCUUAAAAAAUAAAGAUGUGAAAUCAGCUAUUCAGCGCAGACUUAGACUUUGGAGAUUAAAUGCAUAA